AUGGGUCGCAUGCACUCCAAAGGAAAGGGUAUCUCCGCCUCGGCUCUGCCCUACCGUCGCACCCCCCCCUCGUGGCUCAAGACCACCCCGGAGGAGGUUGUUGAGCAGAUCACCAAGCUCGCCCGUAAGGGUAUGACCCCCUCGCAGAUCGGUGUUCAGCUCCGUGACUCGCAGGGUAUCGCCCAGGUGCGUUUCGUCACCGGUAACAAGAUCCUCCGUAUCCUCAAGUCGCAGGGUCUUGCUCCUCAGAUCCCCGAGGACCUCUACCACCUCAUCAAGAAGGCCGUCUCGGUGCGCAAGCACCUGGAGCGCAACCGCAAGGACAUGGACUCCAAGUUCCGCCUCAUUCUCAUCGAGUCGCGUAUCCACCGUCUCGCUCGUUACUACAAGACCAAGGGUGCCGUCGCUCCUACCUUCAAGUACGAGGCCGCUACCGCUUCCACCCUCGUUGCCUAA